UCAGAGACUUACAGGUGCUUGCCUGCAUUGCAAUAAAGGACUCAUAUAUUGAGCAAGACUUAUAUUUAUCUCUUCGUUUUGGAGAGCCUAAUAAACUGUUAUUACAGUUUCUCUACUGACUUUCAAAAGUUUUGAAGUUUGAAAGAGACACCUUUACAAUUAAUACAGCAUGAGCACGGCCAGAACAGAGAACCCUGUUAUAAUGGGUCUUUCCAGUCAAAAUGGUCAGCUGAGGGGCCCUGUGAAGCCCAGUGGUGGCCCCGGAGGAGGGGGCACACAGACACAGCAACAGAUGAACCAGCUGAAAAAUACCAACACAAUCAAUAAUGGCACUCAGCAGCAAGCACAGAGUAUGACCACCACUAUUAAACCUGGUGAUGACUGGAAAAAGACUUUAAAACUCCCUCCAAAGGAUCUAAGAAUCAAAACUUCGGAUGUGACCUCCACAAAAGGAAAUGAGUUUGAAGAUUACUGUUUGAAACGGGAGUUACUGAUGGGAAUUUUUGAAAUGGGCUGGGAAAAGCCAUCUCCUAUUCAGGAGGAGAGCAUUCCCAUUGCUUUAUCUGGUAGGGAUAUCUUAGCUAGAGCAAAAAAUGGAACAGGCAAGAGCGGUGCCUACCUCAUUCCCUUACUUGAACGGCUAGACCUGAAGAAGGACAAUAUACAAGCAAUGGUGAUUGUUCCCACUAGAGAACUUGCUCUACAGGUCAGUCAAAUUUGCAUCCAGGUCAGCAAACACAUGGGAGGGGCCAAAGUGAUGGCAACCACAGGAGGAACCAAUUUACGGGAUGACAUAAUGAGGCUUGAUGACACAGUGCAUGUGGUGAUAGCUACCCCUGGAAGAAUCCUGGAUCUUAUCAAGAAAGGAGUAGCAAAAGUUGAUCAUGUCCAGAUGAUAGUGUUGGAUGAGGCAGAUAAGUUGCUGUCACAGGAUUUUGUGCAGAUAAUGGAGGAUAUUAUUCUCACGCUACCUAAAAACAGACAGAUUUUAUUAUACUCCGCUACUUUUCCUCUUAGUGUACAGAAGUUCAUGAAUUCCCAUUUGCAGAAACCCUAUGAGAUUAACCUGAUGGAGGAACUAACUUUGAAGGGAGUAACCCAGUACUAUGCCUAUGUAACUGAGCGCCAAAAAGUACACUGCCUCAACACACUUUUCUCCAGGCUUCAGAUAAACCAGUCGAUCAUUUUCUGUAACUCCUCUCAGCGAGUUGAAUUGCUAGCCAAGAAGAUUUCUCAACUGGGUUAUUCUUGCUUCUAUAUCCAUGCUAAAAUGAGGCAGGAACAUCGAAAUCGUGUAUUUCAUGAUUUCCGAAAUGGCUUAUGCCGCAAUCUUGUUUGCACUGAUUUGUUUACCCGAGGUAUUGAUAUACAAGCUGUGAAUGUGGUAAUAAACUUUGACUUCCCAAAGCUGGCAGAGACCUAUCUCCAUCGUAUUGGAAGAUCAGGUCGCUUUGGUCAUCUUGGCUUAGCCAUCAACUUGAUCACAUAUGAUGAUCGCUUCAACCUGAAAAGUAUUGAGGAGCAGCUGGGAACAGAAAUUAAACCGAUCCCAAGCAACAUUGACAAGAGUCUGUAUGUGGCAGAAUACCAUAGCGAGCCUGUAGAAGAUGAGAAACCUUAACAAGCAUGCUUUGACAAACUACAGAAGGCUCGUUUGGAUCUGUGACACAUCGUUUGGGGGGGAUGCUCUUCUC